AUGACUUCCGAGGAGGACGCCUGGCAUGAGGAGCUCGGCAUCAAAGAGGGCGCCACCAUCGAGUCGAGCAAGGCCAAGUACACGAUCGAAAAGCUGUUGGGCGAAGGCGGUUUUGGGGCGGUGUUUAAGGUAACGGAUAAAGAAACAAAACUGACGUAUGCAAUGAAAGUGGAGAAGAAGGUGGAAAACCGGGUGCAUUCGAAGCUGAAAAUGGAGAUCGCCAUCCUGAAGCUGAUGGAGAAGGAGCGGCGUGGUGAGGGCGAGCGGAACCACUUCACGCAGAUCACCGAUCGCGGCAAGAAGGAGCUCUACUUUUUCCUGAUCAUGCAGCUGGUCGGCAAGUCGCUGCAGGAUCUCAAGAGGACUCGCGAUCCGCCGGUGUUCUCCAUCGGCACCGGGAUCGGGGUCGCGAUCCAGUGCCUCGAGUCGGUGGAAGAUCUGCACAAGCACAACUUCAUCCACCGCGACUUGAAGCCGGCCAACUAUGCGUGCGGCCUGGGCAACCAAGUGCGCACCAUCUUCAUCCUCGACUUUGGCAUCGCCCGCAAGAUCACCAACGAGCGGAAUGAGCUGAAGACGCCGAGGGCGCAGGCGCGCUUCAAGGGCACCGUGCGGUUCGCCUCGUUGGCGUGCCACCGUUGCAAGGAGAUGUCGUUCAAGGACGACGUCGAGUCGUGGUUCUACCUGCUGCUCGACUUGAUUGUGGCUAAUGGCCUGCCGUGGAAGAAGCUCACGGAGAAGAACGAGGUGAUGACGGCAAAGGACAAUGCCCGUGAAAAGAAAGAAGGACUGUACGGCACGCUCAAGUACAAGGAUGAAUACCACGAGAUUCUGCUGUACGUCGACAAGCUCGAGUACACGGACCGCGUCGACUACACCUACAUCUACGAGAAGCUAAAGCGGAUCACCACCCAGCAGGGCGCCAGCAUCGAUGACCGCUACGACUUUGAGCCGAAGAAG